GCUUGUUUGCAUCAAGCAAAUUUAUUUUAAACAAGCACAUUGAAACAUCUAGAUUUGCUUUGGUUUUUGACUGAAAAUGUCAAAUGCAUUUGACCAGAGCAAGGAUUACUACGAGACGCUCGAGAUAAACAGAAAUGCAACAGAUGAAGAUGUCAAGAAAGCAUAUCAACGUCUUGCGUUGAAGUUUCAUCCGGACAGAAAGGAAGGAGGUGGAGACUCCCAGAAGUUCAGUGAUGUGGGAGAAGCUUUCGAUGUCCUGAGUGACCCUCCAAAAAAGGCAAUCUAUGAUAAAUUUGGCCAGGAGGGUCUAAAAGAAGGCGUCCCAGUAGAGCCUGGGUUUAAUGGGGCUUGGACAUCCAAAUAUGCCUACCACGGGGAUCCAGAAAAAACAUUCAGACAGUUUUUUGGAGAUGACAACCUCUUUGCAAGCAUUUAUUCCAUCAAUGCACCUCUUCGGUACGGCGGCAUGCGACCAGGACUGGUAAAGCCACAAGAUCCCCCGAUAGAGAGAGAUCUCCUCGUGUCACUUGAUGAUCUCUUCUAUGGAUGCACAAGAACGAUUAGAAUAACGCGCAAGGUUAUGAAUGAUGAUGGUCUCACCUACAGUAUUAAGGACAAGAUCCUGACUAUAGACAUAAAGCGUGGAUGGAAAGAAGGGAUAAGAAUCAUUUUCUCCAAAGAAGGGGAUCAAGGACCAAACAUCGUCCCUGCAGAUAUUGUUUUCACAUUGCGCCAGAAAAGUCAUCCUCUGUUUGAAAGACAACACAAUGACCUGAUCUACAAGACCAAGAUUUCUCUGGAGAAGGCACUGACUGGCUUCCCUUUGGACGUGCCGACACUAGAUGGCAAGCUAAUCGGCAUUUAUGUCUAUGACAUUGUGCACCCUGCAUACAAAAAGAUUGUGACUGGAGAGGGAAUGCCGUUGUCCCAGGAUCCAUCCCAGAGAGGAAACAUCAUCAUUACCUUUGAAAUCCUCUUCCCCGAGACGCUCUGCGCUGAGAGGAAGCAUCUGAUCAAACAGGCGCUAAAAUGUUAAUAUUCCAAACAAAUCUUUUGUGCUUAUAAGAGUAAUUAGUUCAUGUUGUUACAUUUAAGUGCAAAUAUGCUUUGGAAGACAGCAAAAACCAGUUCUGUGCAGUUAGCGAUGGCACUAUGUGUGAUGUUUGGAGCUGUACCU